GGUGGUAGGGACACAAGGAGUCCCGAAGUCCUGGUCUUUCCUUUUGGUUUGUCUCUUCAGUCACAUUCCACCCAGAGGAAUAACAGGACCUUUCAAAACAGGAAGCCAACCAAGAGCCAGACUCAGGGAAAACCCGCGGCCAGGCCCCAGGUCCGCCCGGGCAUCUCUGGGGAGCGGCGCUUUGCGUCAUGUGGGGACCGCCCCUUGUGAGGCCCGGGCACUGCGAGUUCAGAGGUUUUGGCGACAGUGGUGGAAGCAGGAUUUCCGCGGUUGUGUAACGCGCGAGGUGCGGUGGAGAGGCCGGGGCUCCGCAUCCCCACGCGCCUCGAGCAGCCGCGCCAUGGCCGGGAACUGCGGGGUCCGCGGCGCGCUCUCGGCGCACACGCUCCUGUUCGACUUGCCGCCCGCGCUGCUGGGCCAGCUGUGCGCGGUCCUGGACAGCUGCGACGGCGCGCUGGGCUGGCGCGGCCUGGAGCGACUUUCAAACAGUUGGCUGGAUGUUCGUCAUAUUGAAAAAUAUGUAGACCAAGGUAAAAGUGGAACAAGAGAAUUGCUGUGGUCCUGGGCACAGAAGAACAAGACUAUCGGUGACCUUUUACAGAUUCUCCAGGAGAUGGGGCAUCAUCGUGCCAUACAUUUAAUUACAAACCACGGGGCAGGCUUGAAUCCUUUCGAGCAGAGUCAUCAGGAGCAUGGAUUUCCAAACAUAUCCAAGGGAACAGUCAAUGUCACAGCGGAUGAUGUUUGUAUUCCUGAACAUAAUGAAAAAGGAAUAUUGCUUGAAUCCUCCAUCAGCUUCCAGAAUAUCAUAGAAGGAACCAAACAUUUCCACAAAGACUUCCUGAUUGGAGAAGGGGAUAUUUUUGAGGUAUACAGAGUGGAGAUUCAAAACCGAACAUACGUUGUUAAAUUAUUUAAACAGGAGAAAAAAAUGGAAUUUAAGAAAUACUGGAAGAGAUUUUUAUCUGAGCUUGAAGUUUUAUUACUGUUUCGUCAUCCGAACAUACUAGAGCUGGCUGCGUAUUUUACAGAGACUGAGAAGUUCUGCCUGGUUUAUCCAUAUAUGAGGAAUGGAACACUUUUCGACAGAUUACAGUGUGUAGAUAACACGGCCCCGCUCUCUUGGCACAUUCGAAUCAGCAUAUUAAUAGGUGUGUCCAAAGCUGUUGGGUACUUGCACAACACCCAGCCGUGUUCAGUCAUCUGUGGCAAUAUAUCAAGCACAAACAUACUUUUGGAUGAUCGGUUUCAAGCCAAACUAACUGAUUUUGCCAUGGCACACUUCCGACCCCACCCAGAGAAUCAGAAUUCUACUAUAAAUGUGACCACCAGCAGCAGGAAACAUCUGUGGUACAUGCCAGAAGAGUAUAUCAGACAGGGGAAGCUUUCCGUUAAAACAGACAUCUACAGUUUUGGAAUUGUAAUAAUGGAAGUUCUGACAGGCUGUAAAGUGGUAUUAGAUGAUCCCAAACAUGUUCAGCUGCGGGAUCUCCUUAUGGAAUUGAUGGAGAAGAGAGGCCUUGAUUCAUGCCUCUCAUUUGUAGAUAAGAAAGUACAUCCCUGUCCUCGGAACUUCUCCGCCAAGCUCUUUUCUUUGGCAGCCCAAUGUGCCGCAACUCGGGCAAAGUCAAGACCAUCUAUGGAUGAAGUCCUGAAUGCUCUUGAAAGUUCACAAGCCAGCUUAUAUUUUGCAGAAGAUCCUCCCACAUCACUGAAGUCCUUCAGGUGUCCUUCUCCUCUAUUCUUGAAUAAUGUACCAAGUAUUCCAGUGGAAGAUGAUGAAAGCCAGAAUAAUCAUUUGCCACCUUGCGAUAAAGGUUUGAGAAAAGAUGGACUAACUCAGAAAAUUCCCUUUGAAUGCAGCCAGUCUGAGGUCACAUUUCUGGGUUUGGACAGAAAGAGAGGGAGGGAGAGAAAUGAGGAUGCUUGCAACAUGCCCAGUUCUUCUUGUGAAGAAAAUUGGUCUUCAGAGCACAGAGCUUCAUCUCAGAGUUUAAAGGCCACUGAGGUGAAUUUGGACUCCUUUUUAGAAGCUUCAGGCCAUCCUUCCAGCAGCAGGCUAGUGGAGCCUGGAUACUCCUCUGAAUUUUCUUGUAAUAAACAUGAACCAUACAAAAAGGAUUAAAGUUCCCAGAAGGUAAAGGAAAAAAACAAGUGUUGUUGAGGCACUUGAGCAAAGGUACCACCUUGGGAAGACAUGGUCUCUUUAACUGAGGCCAAGAGAAUGGCUGGUGGUGAAUUUGGGGUAAUACAGAUGAACAAUCUGGACAAUUUCAUUCCUUUCUUUUCGACCCCCCAAAACAGAGUGGCUUAAACAAAUGUUUUAUCAGAGUAAUUGCCUCAUGAUCAAACCAAGACUAAAUUAGAGCUAUUCAGAAUUGCUCAAGAUCCUGGGUUCUGACUUCAGCAAAAAAAACAUUCCAAACCUACCGAAGAGGGACUGGAUUCUCAUGUCUUCACCAUCUGGUCAAAGUGAGUCUGUAGAACCUCCCACUGCAAAGGACAUUCAGUUGGAUUCUGUUGUUUGGUUUAGCUUGCUUAGGAGGUAGCAGGAAAUGUCUAAUUUGUCAGUGUUAACAGAUACCUUUUGAAAGAACUGUCUUUUUAUUGUGAUCAACCCUUAGUAUUUUUCUGUUCAUCCCUGUCUGAAAACAAGUCAGGCUCGCCCUUGGCUAGGGUGUACUCGUGUAGCAAGGAUUCUUGCCUAAGAUCUAUAUUUCUAUAUUUAAACUCUUAGGAUAACUUAUUAUAUAAUCUAAUUGUUGAUUAUUAUUAUAGAUUUUUACUAACUCAGAGACCUAUUAUAUCUUGAGCAAAGUAUAUGAUAUUUUAAUCAAUAAUUUUUGUUCCAGAAAAUGACUGGUCAGCAGUCUAGGUCAACUUCUGAUUGGUUCUAUUUGUGCCUUCCAGCCUGUGUCUCCCCUCUUGCUGCUUCCUGCAGCUUCCCUUUUGAUGUCCUACCCAGUUUUCAGGCUCUGCAAAACUGCCAUCCUCCAGGAAACCUCCUAAAUCUCUCCAGCCAGAAGGACUCACUUUAUCAGCAUUUCUAUAGCAAUUUCUUUGAAUUUCUCUUUUAUGCUUUUCACUUUCUGAGUUGUAUCAAAAUUGUUGUAUCAUCUUAUCUGUUACCUGAUUAAUAACUCCCUUUGUUUUCUGUUUAACAGGACAUCACAAAUUUGGUAGCAUUAAUUAUUUUACAGUUCUGCAUAUCAGAAGUCCUUGGCAAACCUUUUGGAGGCUCUAGAGAGAAUUCCUUGUCUUGCCUCUUCCAGCUCUUUGAGGUCACUUGCAUUCCUUGGCUCAUGGUCUCUUUCUCCAUCUUCAAAGUCACCAGUGUAGCAUAUUCAAACCUCUUUCUUCCCCCCAUCCCUUCCCCUCAUCCUCUCUCUCUGUUCUGAAGUCUUCUUUUUUUUUUUUUUUUUGUGAUGCUGGGGAUUGAACCCAGGGCCUUGUGCUUGUGAGGUAAGCGCUCUACAAACUGAGCUAUAUCCCCAGCCCCUGAAGUCUUCUUCAUUACCUUUCUCUUGCUCUGGCCCUCCUGCCUCUCUCUUAUAAAACCCUGUGAUUGCAUUGGGCCUACUCAGAUAAUCCAGGAAAAUUUCUGUGUUUCAGGAUUCUUAAGUUACUUGCAUCUACAAAUUCCAUUUUUCAUGUAAAAUGACAUACACACAAGUCACUGGGAUUAGGACAUGGAUGUCUUUGUGGGGGCUUUGCUUUAUCACAGUCCCUGAGUGUGUAAGGGCCACGUCUUUAGGACUUAGCAUCAGACUCCUCAGAGCAGGUAUAGCCUUACAAGUUAAGUUGAAUUAAAUUAUAGAUAUGAACCCAAAUAAUAAACUCAAAUAUAAUUAACAUUUCUGAGUAAAUUAAUAAAGUAGGGAUAAUGAACAAUGGAUAGACAUUCAAAGAAAACCAUUUUCAGAGAAUUUACAGAAUCUCCCUGUCCAGGAAGCUAACUAUAAAAACUGUAACUUUUUGUGUCAGAGAGGAAUGGACUGUGAAUUUUUUUUUUUUUUUUUUUUUUUUUUGGAGAGUCAAUGUGGUUGGGUUAAUCAUAUUCAGAUUGGAGCCUGAGUUCAAGAACAGCUAAUCACAGAAAAAGAAUCAUCAGGAACAGGUUCAGGCAAAUAGACCAAGGUCAAAAACAUGUAAUUAAACUUCUCUAAAAAGGCCUGAACUGAGGUUAAAAACAGAGUAGGACUUAGCCUGAUCAACAGGUCAAAUGCAGGUCCCAGGUAAGCAGUUAGGAGCAUCCAUGUUCACAGGCUGCAGGGUUCCUGGCUGCUGGUGCUGACUUCCCAAGUGAUCAGCACAUAUGUGUUCAUACUACUCCUGAGCUGCCUACUUGUUUUCUAGGAAUUUUAAUUAUUGUGCCUUGUCUGAGUUUGAUCACUCUUGAUCACAUGUGUUAAUGAAACAAGGCAGCAAAAAUCUUCAGCGUUGGACUCGUAUGUUGCAAACCAUUCUGAGGCAACGUACUCCAUCUUAGAGAUGUGGUUUGAAAGUAUAUUGACUGAAUAGAGAAAAUUAGCCUGGAAUCAUGUAAAAAUACCAUUAAUAAUCCACAAAAUAGAAAAUUAAGAAUUGAUUAUGUUAAAUUUUUUUACUUUGAAUCUAUCAGACACCCUCUGGACCUUUUAUGAAAUGUCAUAAGGAAGCUCUGAUUAACACCAGACUUGUACAGUUACUCAGUACACACGUAAUCUGUAGGUAUUGUGUUGACCUGAACUUGUUUAGUUGACCGAAACAGGGUUUGUCAAACUUCAGUGUGUAUCAAAAUGACAUGGAAGUCUUGAUAAAAACAUGCCCCCAACCAUCUUCUAAUAUAUUUUUUCUGGGGUUAAGAGUUUGCCUUUUAACAGCUUCCCAGGAGAUGUUGAUCCUGCUGAUAUGAAACCUAUUCCUUGGAAACCACUGCAUUAAACUUUUCUCCAAUUACUGUACAUUGGCAGAUUCUAACUGUGUAUGAGAAAAAAAUUAUUUUUUUUAUAUUCCCUAGGAUGUAGGCUAGCUUGGAGUAGGAGCUAGAAAUAUUAUUGAUCAAUGAUCUUAUUGACUAGAUUAACUUUCUAAAGUAUGAUUAUUUUGCAUAUCUUGAAGACCAAGUCAGAUUAGCUGGCAGUGAUCUGAUUAAUGAUGUGAUCAGCAGAGGCAACUGUGAUAGAAAAGGACCUAAAUCUCCUAUUGAAUGAUUCAGUCCUCCUGACUAGAUUUGCCUGCUAGGGAGAGCAUUGAUGAAUGUUAAUUGAGAGUAAUUAAAUCUUGCAUCCUGCUAUGGGUCAUCAGAGGAUAACCCCAUGGUUUCUUUAUGUGCAGACUAAGAUACAUGAAGAAACUAAGAAUGAGCCUCCAAGCUCUGAGCAGCAAAGAUUGGAUUUCAGUAAAGAAUUUCACUUAUCUUCACCCUUGUAAUAUGCUGUGGGCUGUCCUCCAGGCAGAUCCUAUUUACUGUGCUUCUUGGGAUUUUUGUCCCAUUGUAUAAUGCUCCAAAACAUGGAGAAAAUAUUCUUUUGUUUUGAAAAUGGGUAUGGGAUUUCUGACAUAAUCAAUUUUAUCGACUUCUUGAGAGUUGUAAUGAUCUGUGACUCACUGCAUAACAGUGUAGUUUUAUGAGGUGGUACAUCAGACUGUGUCAGACAACUUUUAAGAUUUGUGGCCCAAUGAGUAUAGGAAGUGAGGUUUAUCAUGAGUAGCAUUUGCUAAGCGUUCAUUAGAAUCAAGGUACUGUGUUAGUUGCUUAGGUUACAAGUAAAGUACAAACAAUUUAGUAAGGAACAAAGGACAGCUACCCAAGUUACCUGCACAGUUGCUUUUGUGAUUUGAACCACAAACCAGUGGAUGAAAGCUAAUGCUGAAAGGGGGAAUGAAGAAUGGAAUACUGUGCACUUUCAAGGGGGCAAAGAAGACUUCUUGGAAUAGUUUCCUGAAAAGAGAGGAAGGAUUAAGAGAAAUAGAAAAGGUCACUGAAGAAGCACCCCAGAAACAGGGGCCCCAAUCCUCCUAGAUCUCUGCAUGACCCAUCUCUGAAGCUGGAAGGAUGGGGUGGGGUGGAGGAAUCUAGCAUGUUUCUGCAUGUUCAACCCUCACAGCCUCCCCAAGGUGUGAAUCCCACCCACAGGUGAGGAAACUGGCUCCCAGAAGUUGAAGAACUGACCUAAGUUCCCCCCAGAUUUGGAGGAGAAGGCAGGAUCUGUCUAACUCCAAAUGUGGUUCUCUUUCUUGCACUCUGCAUUACACAGAGGAGCCACUGUGGGUUCAAGAUCAGAUUCAAAGGAAUGAGUAUGAAAAGUCAUUUGUUGAUUCCACUAAUUUUUUGUAGGCACACAAAACUUGUUAUUACUUCUGCUUUCUUCACCAUUCUGAUCCUCUGCUAUACACAUGGCCUCUGCAGUUAGUUGACGUGAGUUAAGUGUGUUCAUCAAUGCAUUGAAAAAAUACUUAUCAGUGGCCUCGUUUGUGUCAGGCACUGUUGUAGUAGCAGUGAAGGUCAAAACCACCAGGAACCCUGUCUUCACAGAGCUUAUAUUUGAGUGAAUGCAUGCUCUCCAGUCUUAGGUCUCGCUACAAGCUCUUCCUAAGGGAUUGGGAACUUUUCUUCUUGCCCUGUUGUAUUCUCAUAACCCGAGAGUGGCCUGUAGCUUCUCUAUUAGUGUGCACUAAGCAGUCUGUGACAUGCUAGGGGGCAAUCAUGAUAGCCCCUAUUCUUCUAUUAACUCGUGGUUUCUUCAGGGCAUUUAUUUAGUACCAGUGGUGUCUUCAGCAUGCUUCUCUCAAGGGGUCUGUAAAACCCCCCAAACCUCACCUCACAUCACAAAAUACUGGAAUUGCCAAUUUGGUUAACUUUCCUCCUGCACAAAACUGAAGUUCCCUGAGGGCAGAGGCUAUGUCCUGCUCAUUUUUGUAUCCUCCUUGGGUAGCACAGUACCUGGCAUGUAAUGUGGCCCAAUAAAUAUCUGUAAAAUGAAUGAAUCAAAUAGUUCUUUAAAACUUCUUCAAACUUAUUGAUAUCUAGUCAAGACUGCCAUCUAUAUUUUACACAAAGUUGUCUUUCUGGUAUCCAAAAUAUUAUCAAUCAUUUGCUUAAAUGAUUUCAUUUCACCAUUCUUGGGUAAAACUCAUGAAUUUCAAAUACUAAUAUCUGAUUUAUCUUUGAAAAUGGAUAUUAUAUAUGUUAACAUCAGUUUGCUCAAUGGUGGAAAAUAUUCCCAAACCAUUUCUAAGCAAUGAUAAAACAUUUUUGACAGGGAAUAAACUGAUAUUUGUUGUGUUUUGUUCCUGUCUUUCUAUCCCAGUUAUUUAUUUAUAUUUGAUGGUCCAUGACCUUGACUUGGAAAUAUUUUAUGCCAAAGAUAUAUAUUGCCUGUCAAACUUACAAACCUUCUCAUGGAUGUCACUGACAUUGUUGCAAACUUUAAAGACAUCUCUAUAAAUAGCCAGAGAAAAAUCAUAGGUGGUUUUUGUUUGUUUGUUUUCUCCUUAAUUUAAAAAUAUUCCCAGAGACAAACAUUAAUUAAAAUAGGAGGUAAGAAGGUAGAAAAAUCUUACUUGCAGGCGAUGCAGGCUCAGUUAAUAUUGUUGUAUCUAGUAAUAUGCUGGUUUAUUCAUAUAUCAUUUAAGUUUUAGAUAACUUAUUGAACUGGAUUCUGUUACUAUGGGGUCAAGAAAAAUGAGCCAGAAAGAAGUUGACUCUUGUCCUGAGUCACAUAACUGUUGGCACGGGAAUACAAACUGAAACCCUUUUAACCAAGUUCAGAAAACAUCUGCCCUGAAAAAGAUAUAAAAAAUUAAAAGUAUCUCCUAUUUGCAAAUGAAAACAACUAAUAACUACAUGUGUGAUUUUUAUUUUCUUUUCCUUUUCUUAAGUUUAUCCUCCCAGAUUGGCAAAGAUUAAAGCUGUUGACAAGAAUACAUGCAAAUGGGCAUUCUCAUUCACUGUUGGCAGGAAUGAAAAUUGGUUCAACCUUCCUAGAAAGCAAUUUGGCAACAUGCAGCAGAAAUUUCAAUGAUGACACAAUUUUACCCAGCAGUUUGUUUAAGAGUUUAUCUUAAUCAAUAAAAAUCACAGAAGUGUAUAAACAUGAGCCCAAAGAUGUAUCUCAUGAUGUCUAUGAAACUAAAACAUUGGAAAUAACCUAAGUAUCCCAAGUAGAAGAUGGGUUAAAUAAAACGUAUCACAUGUAUAAAAUUAAAUUGUAUGUGAUAGCUAUUAAAAAUUAUUUAGAUCUAUUUUAUUGCUAUGGAAAUUUGUCCCUGAAAUAUUGUUAUGUGAAAAAGCAGACUACAAAGUAGCAUGUUUAAUAGGAGCCAUUUUUAACAUUGGAUAUCUUUUAAAUGAUACAUGUUUCUCAGAGAGCUCUUUUCCAAAUGUUAAUGAUGUUUUUACUCUGGGCUGUGGUAUUUGGGUGAUCUUUACUUUCUUUAGACCUUUAUGUAUUUGAAAAUUUUAUAAUGAGCAUGUAUCUUUUUUAUUAUCAGAAAAGAAUAAAGCUAUUUUUUAGUUUGGAAGAAAAAUCA